GUUAAAUGUGUUAAUAAGUUAAAUACAUUUAAGUGAGGACAAAUUAUAAUAUAAACAAGAUAAAACGAAAAAUUAUCAAAAAUUUAAUUCUGUUAUUAAAAAAUGACGAAAGACCAAAAGAAAGAGAUUGAUUUGUUUGCGUAUUUUUCAUUAACCUUACCAAAGUGGGCUGGUGAAAGAUUCGUGACAAGCCGACAGUUUUUAAAAGCAUAUAAAAAACUUCAAUGCUCAGAUAAAGGAUAUAUAUGUAUCGACGAUCUUCAUAGAUUUCUUGAUCUCUUGUUUGAGAAUGCACAAGAAAUGGGUGUGGAUUUCAACAUGAUGAAAUCAUUUAUAAGAGAUUAUACGUUUUACAUGGAACAUAAGAAAGAAUACUGGAUAUCACUAAAGGAGUUGCUUAAAACCAUUCCGAUGAUCGAGCCCAACUACUUAUUGAAAUUUCGUGGAAGAGCAUCGUACACAGCAACAGAUUUUAUGUUGAUCUGGAAAAGAUACGAUCCAGAUUACACUGGUUAUCUUGAUAAAUCAGAUGUCGAGGUCUUAGUAUUUGACAUGUUGACAGAUAUAGAACAAAAGAGUGCUCCGAAGAUACACAAGUUGCUCGUCAAAAAAGUACUUUCUAACAGCGAUGAGGACGGAAGAAUAAGCUUUACUGCGUUCAGAAGAUGCUUGCCUGUCGAAAAAAAUUUCAUGACUCAAUAUCAGAACUUGUCCGCCCUGACUGAAGCUGAUGCAAAACGGAUUUUUAGCCACUAUGACCCUGAUGACAAUGGAAGUCUUAGUGGUCAGGAGUUAGAAGCUUUGAUAAGAGACGUUGCAGAAAGAAACAAGAAGGGCGGCGAUUUGGAGUACAUACUACAAAAGACGGAUGAAAUGCUGAAACGUGCUGGUGGAGCGGAAACUGGAGCGAUACUGCCGAUGCAUAUCAAACACUUACACGAUUUAUGAACAAUAACAUAAAAAUAUGAAAAAAUAAUGUAAAUAUUAUUUGAAAGAAGAAUUUCGGCAUAAUUUAUCCUUGGACAUAUAAAAAGCAACGUAGACAUAGUUUUGGAUGUCAAGGACAAUCUUAUAUAAUUCUAUGUGUACUAAAAUAAACCUUGAUUAAUAAUACACAUUGUCUGUUUGUCUGUAAGCCAAAGUAUUCCAAGUUUCUAUUUUGAUAAUUUAAGGGUUUUAUGAUCAAAGAGACCAUUAAAGUCGCAUCUAUAAUAAUAAGCCUCGUUCUGGUAAUAAGCCUCGUUCUAGUACUUUUAUUACUUUGUGCUGACAGGCGAAUAAGAAUGCACGAAAUAGGAAUGUAGGAAUAUGUCAGGUAAUUUUUGUAAGAUUUUCCACAGGCUAGUGACUAGUGUGGCUAAAACUGUAAUAAUUUUCUGCACGACAGAGAUUUUAUUAACUGCAUAAUUUAUUGCAAAAUAAAGAAAGGGUUAACCGUUGAA